UGGAAGACGCACUCGCGUACGGAGAGCGUCUGAUCUGGGCAGCACCACCCAUCCAUCCGAGAACAGGCCUCGCAGCGCUUAGUCAUAUCCAUAACACAGCACUCACACCCUGAUAACGCAGUUCCUGCCCAGCCUUAAGUUCGUAUAAUAACAAGCAAUAUGUCCCACCACAUAGAUAUGGAAGACCAUGCCGAUCCGGAGCCUGUGCUGCUCUCCAAGCACGCCAAGAACCUGCUGCGCUUCCUCAAUAUGUUGCCGGCUCGAAUGGCCUCCCAUGAUAACACCAGGAGCACCAUUGUUUUUUUCGCCGUCUGUGGCCUGGAUGUGCUUAACUCCCUGAAUCUGGUGCCGCCUCAAAUGAGGCAGGACAUCAUCGACUGGAUUUACGGCGGAUUGGUGGUGCCACGCGACAACGAGAAAAAGUGCGGCGGCUUCAUGGGCUGCCGAGCCAUGGUGCCGAAAAGCGAGGACUCCGAAAUCUUAGAAUGCAUGCGGAACUAUCAGUGGGGGCACCUGGCCAUGACUUACACCAGCCUCGCAGUGCUUGUCACCCUGGGCGACGAUUUGUCCCGCCUGGAUCGCAAGAGCAUUGUGGACGGAGUUGCUGCAGUGCAGAAGGCGGAGGGCAGUUUUAGCGCCUGCAUCGAUGGCAGCGAGGAUGAUAUGCGAUUCGUUUACUGCGCCGCAACCAUUUGUUACAUGCUGGACGACUGGGGCGACGUAAACAAGGAGACCAUGUUUCAGUUUAUUGUUCGGAGCCUGCGAUACGAUUACGGUUUUAGCCAGGAGCUAGAGGGCGAGGCCCAUGGUGGCACCACAUUCUGUGCCUUGGCAGCAUUGCAUCUUAGUGGACAGUUACAUCGCCUGGAUGCAGCGACGGUGGAGCGAAUGAAGCGUUGGCUUAUCUUCCGACAAAUGGAUGGCUUCCAGGGACGUCCCAAUAAGCCGGUCGACACCUGUUACUCCUUCUGGAUUGGCGCUUCGCUCUGUAUUCUGGACAGCUUCGAGCUAACUGACUACGCCAAGAAUCGGGAAUACAUACUGAGCACACAAGACAAGUUAAUAGGUGGCUUUGCCAAGUGGCCGCAGGCCACACCAGAUCCAUUUCACACAUACCUUGGACUCUGCGGUCUGGCCUUCACCGGAGAGCCCGGGCUGAGUCCCGUGAACCCCAGUUUGAACAUGUCCAUGGCCGCCUACGUCCACCUGCAGCACCUUCACGAGCAGUGGCGAUCUGGAGAUGGUCGGGGCGACGAAGAUCUCUCCUUGAGCUCUGCCGCCAAGCAGCAACUAAAACUAAGUGACGUAGCGAAAUCAGCCACAUCGACUACCUGUAGUUCGCCAUUGAUUCCGGCACAAUGAUGGGAAUCCGCACCAAGUUCAAGGGAAAUGUUGAAGCACACUAUUGUAUUUAUAUUGGCCGCAUUUUAGCCACGCUUUUUUACCUGUAUUCUAAGCGAAAAGCUCGAGCUUUCGGAGAGAAAGAUGAAUAGGUAAUAUUUUUAUUGUACAGCCUAAAUUAAUGUUAACAAAGUGUAAUAUUAAGCUUAAAAGUAAAUUAAAGCGUCCCAUGCUAAGGCAUGUAUUUACAGCAAAAA